GAUGAUACCGCAUUUGAUCGAGUCAACAAAUGGUUCAACCUUGCUCGAGAAUAUAGCAACGACACCCAUGAUUCACCACUUCUGCCACUGCUGACUCUCGAAUCUGCUGAGUCCUCUCCGACUGUCUCCCAUCCACAUCAUGGUACAACGGUCUUCACCCUCACAGUCCCUCGCCAGCUCUGCAACAUGUCUGGAAAUUUGCACGGUGGAGCCGUUGCUCUCAUUUUCGACAUGUGCACGUCCAUGAGUAUAGCUGCGUGCUCAAAGGAAGGCUUCUGGGACGGCGGACAUGUAAGCCGAAAC